ACCGACUGUUGGCCGGCUCAAUCGGAUAAGUGACAGGUGCCUGUUCGACAACAGAAGCCAGAGGAGUCCCUGAGUACUGUGGCUUGGCGACGCAGCCGAGGCAGGCCCAGGCCGCAUCAGCACUGCAUCGGCGACUCUAGCUGCGGUUGUCUUGUAUCUCUGGACACUGAGACCGGGGGAACUCGAGGCUUUCUGGGGCGAGACCCAUGAAUGCGCGACAAGGCGCGCACACCUCUGCAAGUAACUACAUAUGCUUACUCGACCAUUUGCUCGUCUGCAUACAAAGCACAUAUUUCGACGCUCUGCAGUCAUACAGCGAGGGGACUCAUUGGUGGACUCCGAGCCGAGUGGUAUUUGCUCCAGCAGCCGGACUGCUUGUAUGGAGCAUGCUCAUGGUAACGAAUUACUACUAUAUAUAUUGAUUUAAUCGUCGGCCACCACUUACUGCUCAGCCGUCCCACUCUCGCCUACUCCUUAUUCAAUUGAGCUCAAACGAGAGCCGAAGAAGAAACUAGGGAGAAAAAGCGAAGAACAACCAGGAGGGAGCGGAACAAAGAAAAUUGAAACAUAGGCAGGAGGAGAUAACAAGCAGAACAAGAAUCGCGCUCGUUUUCAUCAACGAAUCCAUGGAAAGAAAUCCCGGACGAAGCUCCCCAGGUGCGGCUGGUGGAAGCAGUCAACAGCACCAGGACGCUGCGGAGGGCAUCCUCCCAGCUGACCAUUGGCGAGAGGUCGCACAGCGAGAAGGCAACGGACCCGAAGAUGAUGACGACGACGACGACGAUUCUGCCCUUGGCUCUGAUGCUGGCAGCUCCACCGCUUCGAUAACCUCGAGCAUUCUACAGUACCGAGAAAUCCACGGGCGAAGAUUCCAUGGUGAAACUGGCAAUGCACAGUAUUGGCAGUCCAACGACGAGGCGGCGAACGAAUCACUGGACAUGAACCAUCAUGCACUUUCUAUGGCCAUGGGAGAUAAGUUAUUCAUGGCACCAUUAGUCAAGGAAAAUAUCAAAAAAGCCCUUGACAUAGGCACUGGUACAGGGAUAUGGGCUAUUGAUUUUGCUGAUGAGUAUCCCGAUGCUCAGGUCAUUGGCACUGACAUUUCCCCAAUCCAGCCAACAUGGGUACCUCCAAACCUUCAAUUCGAAAUCGAGGACUGCACACAGGAUUGGACAUUUCGCAACCAAGAUUUUGACUAUGUGCAUAUGCGAUGGCUCCUUGGCAGCAUCCAGGACUGGGAUGCCCUGCUGCAGCAAGCAUAUCGCGUACUGCGGCCGGGAGGUUACAUUGAGAGCCUGGAAACUUCGGCAAUCAUGACAAGCGAUGAUGGCACUGUCACAGAGACCUGUGCCAUGGGACAAUGGGGCAAGUUCUUUAUCACUGGUGGGAAAAAGAUUGGAAGGUCCUUUACCGUUGUCGAAGAUGAGACACAGAGAAAGUCUAUAGAGGCAGCCGGCUUUGUUGACAUUGAAGAAUUCAAUUUCAAGAUGCCGAUAGGAGGCUGGGCCAAGGAUCCGAAGCUGAAGGAGCUCGGGCAAUUCGCACAAAUGGUCCUCGAAAGAGAUGUCGAGGGCUACAUUGUCUUCAUGGCAAACACGCUGGGGUGGACGCGAGAGGAGAUUCUGGUUUACAUCGGCAUGCUACGGCGGGAUGUCAGAUCGAAAAACUUUCAUGCAUAUUAUAAUCAAAAAGUGGUGUGGGCAAGGAAGCCAUUGGAUGGAGAAAAGUGAUGACACCCUUUUCUUCCGAGCCAAUUGCUUUUUGUUUAUUCUUGCUUUUCCAAUACCAAAACCUUUUUGAUGUAUAAUGCAUAGGGCCGCUUCUUAUCAGCACACAAAUUCUCUUGCCUG